AAGUGUUGUUAUUUAUUGAAAAUCAAUUAAAUUACUUAAAAAAUGGCAUCGAUAUAUGCUAAAAUUUUUCUUGAGGCACAAACUCCUUUGGUUCUGGCCAGAAGAUUUCGAGGAAAAAUUAAUAUACAGCGCCCCCGGAAGCCUCACUAUACCCGAGCACUGGUGGAGGCUGUUACCCAGCCAAUCUAUGAGAAACCUGUCUUGUCACUAGAGGCGUGCAAAAAGAAAAAAGCAAAGUCAGAGGAAACAGAGAUAAAUCCCUAUUCUGAGAUCAUUGCAAAAGAAAUUCUCAACUGGUUUAACCACUCCCGCUGCACUGCUAUUUAUCAUCUCAAUUCUGUAAAUGCCGAAGACUGGUUCAAUGCAAAAGUGCUCUUUCACCGACUAAAUAUGCAUCUGAAAGCGUAUCCAAAGCAAGCGAUCACAUUGGCGCUAUCCGGAAGCAAAUAUGAAGAGAUUCUGCCAGUUUUUGAUGCAAGAUGUGCUCUUGUCUUCAGUCCAGAUGGUCAACCAUCCAAGCUCAUGAAGAUAUCAAAGAAAGUUCCACAGAUAAUUUUGAUUGGAGCAAUCGCUGAGGACAGGAUACUCAACAGAAAUCAAUUUGUUGAGUAUGCCGCGCUGCCUAGCAUUGAUAUCGUCCGGGCGCAAUUGGUUAGUGUCCUCCAGAGUGCUGCUGGUGAUUUGGUAGGGAAUAUGGAGGGUCAUCAGGCCAAUAUUGUUCGGAUGCUGGAAACAUACGCGAAGAAGCCCGAAGAAUAAUGUACUGGAUGUAGAAAAUUUUGUUAAUAAUGUAAGUAGAUCGAAAAAAAUGUUUAAUUUCUUCUCCCGGAAGUUGUUGAACUUUUCAUUUUAUGCAAUUGGA